UGAAGAAAGAACUAGUAGUCUUACCUUUGUAAUUGAUAAUACGGAUUCGAUGGAAGAUGAUAUUGCACAAGUUAAAUUAAGAACAAAAGAAAUAUGCGAUGCAGUGGUUGAGUCAAAUGUAUCUGUGAUCGAAAAUUUCGUUUUAGCUACAUUCAAUGAUCCUGGUGUCGAAUUACGGAUAAUAACAACAAAGUACGAUGAUUUUAAGAUUGCCCUAGACGCUGUAAGUCUUGAUGGCGGUGGAGACUGUCCCGAAAUGUCCUUAUUGGGAAUUGAAUUGGGCAUAGAUUCAAGUAAUCCGGAAUCUUUUGUAUAUGUUUUUACUGACGCCUCAGCGAAAGAUUAUCGUAAAUAUGAUAUUGUUUCAAAAAAGGCAUUAAUGAAAGGGACAGAGGUAUGA